AUGACAGAUAAUGGCAGUUCAUUGAGACACUGCAUGAGCAAUUAUUGCCUGAUUUGUGGGACCGAGAGUCCCAUAUAUGCCAACCAUUUCUUUGCGCUUCAAUUCUUCACGUAUUUCAAUGAAUCCGAUAUUAGUCUCGAGUGUAAAACUGUUGCCAAUUAUGUGAACGAUCACCAAAACGAGGACUGGGCUCUCAGAUUGAUUGAUGCGAGUGGUGUCGUGGGCUCAGGUCUAGCAAAAGGCAACUAUCAAUAUAUGGGAGACUUUGAUGAAUGUCUGGACAUUAGGGUCAUAGUACAGGGCGAUCAACAAAUUGCCGUAAUACCCGGAAAAGUGAUGCAAACAUUGCAAUCAUUUUCAUUUUACUCAAACACCGAUCGUUUGUUGAGCACCGGUAACGAAAAGGACACAAUCGGAUGCUUUCACGGCUUCCGAUUAAUUAGCUUAUUGUUUAUCAUUAUAUAUCACAUCUACACCGAAGCCCAACUGCCAAGUGCAAACCUAAUGUCCAUACUUGAGGGUCAAAACAAUUUUAUGCUACAAAUCGUGACCAACGCUGGCCUAUGGGUUGAGGCCUUCUUCCUGUUGAGCGGCUUUCUGUGCGCUUACGGAACGAUACGUGAACUCAGAAAGACAUCGAUUAAACAAUACAAACCCAUUACUAAUGUUAUACAUCGAUAUUUACGGCUCACGCCAUCCCUGUUGGGAGUCAUGGGUUUCUCAGUCUUGCAGGAAGUAAUGGCUUCGGGUCCCCAAUGGCAUCGAUAUGUCGAGACAUCCGCACAGACCUGCCAUCAAAACUGGUGGCUAAACCUGCUCUACAAACUAAACAUUACAUUAUGGGUACUAUCGGUGACGUUAAACCUGUGCAUAACAUUUCUGACGUGGCCCUGGCUAUUGGGCAACAGUUAUCACAACACGGCGAGUGUGCUCUACGGGGCCACCCAUAGGACCCUAUGGGCCCUGAGCUGGUCAUACAUACUGUUUGCCUGCGCCACAGGUCACGGCUCUAUCGUCAAUACAGUGCUCUCGUGGAAAGCGUUGGUGCCGUUGAGUCGGCUAUCAUUUCAGGCCUAUCUCUACCACUCGGUGCUCAUCUCCCGGUUUGUGUACGACGCCCGACAACCUCUCUAUUCAUCCAAAGUAACCUUGGUAUGA